AGCUGAUGGGAAAGAUAAAAUACAACAAGCUUGCAGUUUUUCUGUUAAUAUGCAAACCAUAGCAGGUUAUUACACCAUGCAGGAGGAAGACUAGCUGUACUGAUGUACUUCCGCUCUUUGCAGACUUCAUACACAGGAUGUCACCUUCCACUACAUCAGGGGCGGACUGACCAUUUGGAAACUCGGGCACUGCCCGAGGGCCCAGGGUCAGUAGGGGACCCCAUGGGAUGCCCCGGUACCUAUUUCAUAGGCUUUUUUGAGUUUGGGCAAGGACACAGGGGCCCCAUGAUCCCCUAUUGCCUGGGGGCCCCAUGAGUUGUCAGUCCGCGCCUG